GGUGAUUUCAACUCAUGACCUUGAGUGGUUGUUUAUCUACGCAAGUUGAUAUGCUACUGUAUCCGUUUGUUGAAAACUGUGGAUUUUCACGUAUCUUAGUCUGAAGUCAAUACCAUACCUUUAGACCCGUCAGUUUGUUUCUAGCCCUCGGAGACAUUAUAUUGACUUUAAAUGUUAUCAUUUAUUGGUACAGAUUGGACAUUAUCUCUGUUGCAUGUUGGUUCUUAUCUAAAUAUCGACGAUAUAUUGGCAUCUAGUGAACGUAUGUCAUGUCGUGUUCGUGUGGCUUUGCCAUCUCUAGCACCACUGCUACUCUCUGAUGUGAAAGAUAAAACAUACGGCGAAAGCAGUAAUGAUAUUUGUAGAGCAUCAGAUGAGGUACCAGCAGGGAAAAGAAUUGAACUGCCGGUGUGGUUGGCUAUUGCUAUCGGUAGUGGCAGAAGACAGAUACUGAACAUUGAAUUACCUCCUAUUUAUCGGGAUGCCUUUACUGAAGUUUUUGAAGCAGAUCCAUGUGUUGUUGAUCUUAAAAGGAAAGGAUCUAUGUAUUAUAUUUUAUUGUGCAACUUACUGACGUCGGGUCACGCUAAAAUUUCACAAAUUGUUGCCACCGGGACUAAAGUUUUUCAGACACGGCUGAAAAUGAUAAUGGACGCUUCACUUAAUGCUUGUCGACAGGAUACCUUAUCAAAUACAUCCAAAUUCGACAACCUGGAAAUGGCUCUAUUUCGGAUAGGUCAAAUAGAAAGGUUGCAAUUUGAACGUUGGAUAUCUCGUCAUCAUGAGAAGAUUGAAGCUCCGAAGGCAAUGCGCACUCCACUUGUUAAAUAAACAACUGAGUUAUGACUAAACGUUUUUUUUGGAAUACCUAAUUGCCUUUCUACAUUCAUGUUCCCCGUUCAAGGGGGUAGUUUUUCACUCAGACUUUAUUGAAAAUCAAAUCUUUACUAUAAGCUUUCGUUUCUACGGUCACUAUUUCUUAGAUGUGUGAAAUGAAUAAAAAGCAAGCAUUUUUAAGUGUAAGAGUACGAUGAGAACUCGGCAUGGCAUUGUUUCAUGCUUGAAAUAUUCAAACCACUCAACCAAACGACUUUAUAUUUUGGUAAAUCAUUCUGUGUUGUUGAUCGUAUGCUUGUCUUUGAACCUUAAGGAUGACUGGAAGGCCUGUUGGUGCAUUCUUAAGAACGUUUAGCUGGCGUACCGCUUGAACAGCUUUAAUCUUGAUAGUUGGAUAACUCUGAUGCUGUUAACAAGUAAGAUUUCUGGAAGGAAAUGCAAGUGUUUGUAAGUCAUGGAGAAAUGAACAUCGAUAACUUCGUGUCAGCCUUAUAUAGGAGUGUCC